AUGGAGGUCAUCGAAUGUCGGCGCUUCUUGGCGGCAUGGACUCGAUCGAAAGCCAACAGCGAGAUAGUGCUGGAUGACCACGACGUUGCACAGUACGAGCAAUUGGCGCUGCAGUAUCAGCAGCGCCUCCACGACACGAACGAGUUCGAGGCUUUGGCAUCUGAUCUCGCAUCGUUAUUGGCUGAAAUCAAUGUACUGAAACAAGAGAAAAGGCCAGCGACUCCGUCACGACGAAUCCUUCGAGCAUCAGAAAUCGCCGAGUUGCGAAAACGAGAGCACAGUCGCGCGGCUGCGAUUUACAGCAAGCUGGAAGAUCCAGCAACGACGCAGGAACCAUUGCUCGUAUCUUUUGAUCGUGAGGAGGAGACAUGUGCGACGUUGGAGAUGCAGAUGGACCUGACUGCAGAUGACUUGAAGUCGGUCUUGGACGCAGCGGCUCCACAAGAGGAGAAGCCGUCGACCAAAGCUAUCCGACAACGCCUUGGGUUGAUGGACCGAUCGCAAGCACAAGCGAGUGCAUCGGAGACGGUGGCUCGAGAAGAGCAGGAAUCGAUCCAGUCGGAGAUGAUGGCGCUUGCGAAGCAGCUGAAGGACAGGACGCAGACGAUCAAUCAAUCUCUGCUCGAGGACGUCAAGAUCUUGGACGCUGUAGGUGAAAGUGCCGAGUCAAAUGCGGCCUUACUCGAUCGUGAAAACACAAAGCUGAAGCAGCAGUUGGCCGCGAGCAUUGGACUCUGGACGUCGCUUUGGCUCGUGGCGAUGCUGUUCGUCGCGUUUGUUGUCACGUAUUUCUACAUGAAAAUGUUCUCACGCCGCUGGUAG